CACAUUCAAGCAUACGCACCAACAUCCACAGAGGGGCUUCAGCACCAUUCAAAAAAAGCUUUUGGCUACGUUCCCUGGACGGUGUUUUGUGAAAGGUCCCUUAUUUCUGCUAUGCACUGAACAAGUCGCAAAAGGAAACGAAAACCAAGCGAGCUAGAAUAAAGGGUUGCCGGGUACAUGAUUUACAUAUUCAUAACUACUUGCUAACAACAAUCAAACACCCUGAUGGUGCUAUAAAGCUCGCCUUUUAUAGAUAAUGUUUCUUUCAGUGCUGCUUAUUGAGGACAAUGCUUUUUACGGACACUGAUUUUCAGAAACGCCUUAAGGUAGAAUAAAUAUCGUUAAUAUACGAAUGAGAAAUUAGCGACGCGGCUCAAGAACGCAUCGCAAAGACAGUGAAACCACGUGCGCCCUUCCAUUCAUGGUGUCAUCUCAAGGUGUAAGGCCAAGAGAAGGGGCUAUAUAAGCGACUCUAGGUUUUCAAGCCGCAACAGAUGUUUUAAUUAGAACUGAUCAUUCCACUAUUCGUAGAAGACCCACAACGAUGCCUGCACACGGCCUUUGGUCACUGCUUUUAUUCUCAAGCUCAAUACUAAUGGCUCUCGCAAAUGAGAACAAGACAAACGCGCUAGGAGAUUGGCGAUGGACUAGCCCUUGGACGUUUAUGAGAUCAAAAGACAUAUACUUGAACUUAACGACACUGCACUGGCCACACAUCAAAUGCAUCCGAGCGAAACCCACGUUGAAGAACAAGACUGCUCAAACUCUGUCACAAGAUAUCUUUAUCAAGGUGGCGAUUGGAGGAAGCAUCACUUG